AAAAUACAUAUAAUCUUUUUGUUACUAUAUUUAAUUUAGGCGAAGAUGAAACAAAUCAAACUAAAACUCCCCGAGGGUUCGAAUGAUACGCCUGGACCAGAUGAUAUUUUUUCUAAAGUCAUGGGUAAGGAUCGCAAUGGUGAUGCAAUCAUGUAUGGUUUGGGUGUUCGUGCUUCUGAUGUAUGGGGGGUAAUACCAAGUCGUUCAGCAUAUCAUAAAGAAAACAUCCAAUUGAAAGCUCGAUGUGAAGAACUUACUAGUGAAGUGGACUGGUUACAAGCCCAAGCAAAGAUUAAUGGGUCGAUGGAUGGUUCCAGUGAUCCGCCUUUAACCUCGCAUUCCCCUGUUGUGACCAAUGGACCUGCACCUUUACGGGUUGGAAAUGAGGUUUUCCUUAAAAGCAUUCUAAAUCCAACUGAGAAUGUUGCAAAAGGAUGGGUGAAGAGCUUGGACCCAAAUGACAUAGUUGAUGGUAUAGAGAUUGGACGCGGAUGGUGUGAGGUAAACGUUCAAGUUGCAAUAAAAAAAGAUGAAAUACUGGUCAGACCUUAUGGAUUAUUCUCCACGAUUCAAGAUUCUCUUGGUGCAACUAUCGUAUGGCCUUGCCCGUUCAUCUCAUUUGGAUUUGGUCUUGUUGGGUGUGGCUUAUGGUUUGUUAUGGGUCAAUGUUGUUGGGGUUUGGUUGCAGGGUUUGUAUUUAGUCAGAAGGAGUUAGGUUUGAUGGAUUGUGUAAAUGGGGUAUUGGUAGCUGUUCAUUAUGGUCAAGGUUAUGGGGUUGGCUAA